AUGUCCAGCACGACGACAACCAUCGUAGGAUUUAUGGGUUCCACCGGUGACGCAGAAACCGAAGACGCAUGGGAGUCGCCUAAGACGCCAGAGGGUGCGAUCUCUUACCAUUACACGAGAAGCGGAUUAGAAGAAACACUCAAAGUGACCGUCCCACUCAGGUGCGAAUACAGCGAUGCGUCAGGACCGCUUAAAAGCAAAGAAAUACAGGGUAUACCCCUUUAUGGAAGUGGUCUGACUAUGCUUGGAGUGAUCUCAGAUGCUAUAUCCACAAAGAGCUACGCCGAGACCAAAUCCAUUGAAGUGCCCUUUGUUGAAUGCUUUGGUGAGAAAUGUAAGAAGUUCAAUGAAUGUUGGGGACGUCUUCCCAAAGGGGUUUCCCAGGCGAUCGCAGAGAUGGGCGAUUGCUCAUUCAUAGACGUCGGAUCUCUCGAGACCACCGAAGAUACUCAAGAAGAAUACGUUCCUUUGACGUACACUUUCCAGAGAACGUUAGGGCUUGAGGUCGAUAGAGACUGGGUGGUCAUUCACCCGGAAGGUCAAGAAGUAAUCGUGUAG